AGAGGAAACAAACACCUCCGAACAACUGAGCUCUUUCUCCUCUCCGUCCUUCAAUUCGUCCUCCUCGCUAGCUCCAUCGUCUCCAGGAAGAAAGAAAAAGAAGAGAUCGUUGGUUGGUUAGUUGAGCGACCUUAAAGCAAGCAGGAUGUUGGAAGCAGUAGAGCAGCGCUCCACACUGCUCUGGGAGCGGCUGCGGCGAGCGUCGGAGACGAAGGAGCUGCUGGCAGCAGAAGCUGGUUCAUGGCAAGCAGAGCACGGUGAGGGCAGUGAUGACGACCUUGGAGGAGCAAGGGAGCCUCCGGUGAGCCGGUGGCGAUGGCUCAAGGCCGUGUCCAUGGUGGCGUUCGGUGGCCGGCCGGCAUACAAGCCGGUAGCACAAAUAAUGCCUCUUAGUGAUCAGCCGCCAAAGUCUGGAAGUGAUCACAAUAAUUUACUGGAGGCAGCUGAUACAGAUCUUGGGGCGGACCGUCCACAACCGAGAGUCACUGCUCAGGCACAGGCUCGGUUAUCUCCGAGAGACGUUGCCAAGAUUAGAAGCAAUAAUCCAGUCCCUCAGGUUGUAAUGCCGGUUCCAUCGAACCUUCCACCAUCAACAGAAACAGUUCAGGUACCGUCUUUUCUAACUCCACGACACGGUGUCAAGUUUGGAAACAAUAAUUCUGUCCCUGAGGUUGUAGUGGAUGUUCCAUCAAACCUUCCACGAUCAACAGAAACAGCUCAGGUAGCUGAUCAGAUGAAAAAGAAGCAGCAGGAGCGUUGCCUCAAAUACUCACAGAAGGCCCUUGCGUUUGCCGUCUGCACAUUCAUUGGAUACGCAAGUGCUGCAAAGGCAAGUAGGAAAGGUUCUGAGGAUAGUGAACCAAGCAAUAUCAACAUAACUUUCAAACUCGCCAUGGUACCCUUCUUCAUUGCCCUCUGCGCGGACCUCUUUUCGUUGAAGACGAAGGCAAAGUAUGGCCGUGCCUUUGUCUUCCUAUCAUCAUUCCAUCUGGUGCUGAUGGUAUACCUCGUAUUCAUCUCAUUCGACACGAGAUAUGCCUACACCAUGAUCUUCCUGCCUCUAGUGGCUGUUUCCUCCCUUCUUCAACAAAAGCUAUGGCCUGGGCAGCAACAAGGCACCGAUGAAAAAGCUAAUAAAAACCUAGACAGCAUCUUUGAGUUGUCCUCUCUUAUCCUCAACUGGAGCACCUUUAUCUCCGCGCUCAUGGUCAUAUUCAGGGAAUUAAAGCCUAACGAAAAAUAUGAAGAUAUAGCACACGGUGCUGUAGGGCUCUUCUUCUUCCUCACUAUCGUUCUAGGGCUCUAUCUCAUGCUAGUCACAACAGUGAGAAUUCCGGAACUGGUACGUGUGAGGUACCUCGAUGUCCUGCUUAUCUGCCUGCUCGUCGGCACUAUCAUCUCCGCCUUGAUCUCGUUUCUACAUUUUAAUUGAAGACGGAGCGGAAGUCCUAUAUGCAGCCAGGUCUAGGUGUCUUGGAAACAAAUUGCACUUGGUGUGCAUAAAUUGUGUACUAUAGUCACGAACAAUUUGUUGGUGGCCUGCUGCUGCAUAUUGAUGUGUUGCACCUCUCACUCACAUGCUACGGAAAGAAAUAGGCAAAAUAGCCCCAUCGGUCAUCCAGAUCGUUUUUUGUCCCUGAACCGUCAAAAGAGCUGAUUUGGUCCCUAAACUGUUAUGUCUGGUCGAAUUCAGUCAUUGAUCUUAUGUGGCAUGCCACAUCAGCUGAUCGAAAUGCCUA